UUCAUUGCAGAUCUCUCCGAAUGCGAGCUGAUGCAAAUACCUGAUGCUGUCUAUCAUUUAAUGCGCAACACAGAAUUAAAAACUUGUGAUCUCAGUGGCAAUGUGAUAAAAAAGAUUUCACCAAAAUUUGCAUUGAAAUUCACAUUGAUAACAGACUUAAAUCUAUCACACAAUCACUUGAGCAAAUUGCCCGAUGAAUUGGCAGAUCUCAAUAAUUUGACCAAAUUGAAUAUUUCCCACAACUCAUUUAUUGUGUUACCACCGGUGGUAUUUAAAAUUCCUAAACUACGUGAAUUGGAUGCCAGUCAUAAUGCCAUAAUUGAAAUCGAUACCGAUGAAAUUAUUACCAGCGAUAAUUUGGAAUUGGUCGACCUGCGUCACAAUCCAUUGGGUCGUACCUGCCAUCGUCAGUUGAAAAAUAUACAAACACCGUUCCGUUUGGAAAUAUCGGAAUUUAAUGAAGAUGAAGACUGGUAAAAAAUGU